AUGACUGUCAGAGAAGCUGAUGUAUUUAUACCUCGAUCGAAUCUUAGUAUAGUUCAUCUGUUACUGUUUAUGAUGGCAUGCAAAUUACAGCUUGUGCUCUUGGUCAUGUACUUUGGCGUGUUUGUCAAGGCGGAAGUAUUUGACAUGAAUAGAAGAAUAGGAUGCCCAUACAAAUGUGAUGACUGGGCGUGUUAUAUUGGCAUAGGCUGCGAAAAUUGCAAGACGGGUUAUUCUAAAUUGUAUAAUGGAGUAUUCGUUGGCUAUAUUUGUGUUAAGGGUUGUCCACCAGGCUAUACUCUGAAGAACGAAUAUUGCGUCAAGUAACAGGUCAUUACUGCCUCAGAGGCUCUACAGCUGUGUGAAAUGUUUUUAAGAAAGAUGACUUUGACGAAAGAUGAACGAAAAAUGAAUAUUCUUUCUCAUAAUCAAUUAUUGAAGAAAGUUGGGUACUAAUUUCUUGAACAUGUAAUGUAACCUUUUAUAUUUAACUUUCUCAGAAGUCUUGAAUAACAAAAAAAAGCAUUAUU